GGCAGGUGAGCCAGUUCCCCGAAGGCGGACUGGAGUUUGGUGGUUGGGACCGCGGGUAGAGAUGUUGCCGUCCUUGGUGCGCGCAGGGGUGUUUCUGCUGCUGCUCCUCCUGGCGGCUCCGCUGCACGGCCGAGAGAUCCGGUUCGGGGCGAAGGCUCUGCGGGUCAGGCGGGGGUUACGCCGCGGAGCUGAGCCGGAGACUGGAUGCGGCCCGCAAGACGAAGGGUUCGGCAAGGAGGUGCUUGGCAACAACACUCACAAGCGUGUCUUCAAUGACCUCAGUGGCUCAGUGUCCCUUUCCUGGAUUGGAGAUAGCACUGGGGUUAUUCUUGUGUUAACUACUUUCCAGCUUCCCCUAGUGAUCAUGAGCUUUGGGCAGUCUAAAUUAUACCGAAGCGAAGAUUAUGGGAAAACUUUCACAGACAUUACAGAUCUCAUUAACAACACUUUCAUUAGAACAGAGUUUGGAAUGGCUAUUGGGCCAGAGAAUUCUGGGAAGGUGAUACUGACUGGGGAUAGAUCUGGACAUAGAUCUAGUGGAAGAAUCUUCCGAUCGUCUGAUUUUGCAAAGAAUUUUGUACUAACAGACCUUCCUUUCCAUCCUUUAACUCAAAUAAUUUAUCACUCUCAGAAUUCUGAUUUGUUAUUGACCCUCAGUACAGAGGGUAGCUUGUGGAUAUCAAAGACAUUUGGUGAGAAAUGGAAAGAAAUCCACAAAGAUGUUUGCUUGGCCAAAUGGGGUUCUGGUGGAACCAUCUUCUUUACUACCUACCUGAAUGGCUCUUGUAAAACUGAUAUCGGAUUAUUGGACUUAAAGAAAACUAAAGACUUUGGGAAGACAUUCAAGACCAUAGGAAACAACAUCUACUCCUUUGGCCUAGGUGGUCGUUUUCUUUUUGCAUCUGUGAUGGUAGAAAAAAGCAAGACAAGGAGAAUCCAUGUGUCAUUAGAUGAAGGUGAAACAUGGAACAUGGCUCAACUUCCUUCAGUUGGGCAAGAACAGUUUUACUCUAUUUUGGCAGCGAAUGAUGACAUGGUGUUCAUGCAUGUGGAUGAACCUGGAGAUACUGGACAUGGAACAAUUUAUACCUCUGAUGAUCAAGGCAUUAUAUACUCCAAGUCCCUGGAAAGGCAUCUCUAUACUACCACAGGGGGAGAGACAGAUUUCACCAAUAUAACUUCCCUACGAGGCACCUAUAUUACCAGUGUGCUUUCAGAGGAUAAUUCAAUUCAGUCUGUGAUUACCUUUGAUGAAGGAGGGGAAUGGGUACACUUGAGGAAACCAGAAAAUGCUAAGUGUGACUCAACAGCCAAAAAUAAAGAAGAGUGCAACCUUCACAUUCAUGCCUCCUAUAGCAUCUCCCAGAAGCUGAAUGUACCUAUGGCACCUCUGACUGAACCAAAUGCUGUUGGAAUUAUUAUUUCUCAUGGAAGUGUUGGAGAUGCUAUCUCAAUAACAAACCCAGAUGUUUACAUUUCGGAUGAUGGUGGCUACACCUGGUCACGGACACUUGAAGGUCCCCAUCACUAUGCAAUCUUGGACUCUGGGGGCAUCAUUGUGGCUGUUGAACAAACUCAUUUUGUCAGAGAGAUUAAGUUCUCAACAGAUGAAGGACAGUGCUGGCACAGCUAUAUUUUCAGUGAGGAACCCAUCUUUUUCACUGGUUUGGCAUCAGAACCUGGAGCAAAAUCAAUGAAUGUUAGCAUCUGGGGAUUUCAAGAGAGUUUCUUAUCUCGCCAGUGGAUCUCAUAUACCAUUGAUUUCCAAGAUCUCCUCAGCAGAGACUGUGAAGAAAAGGACUAUACAAAGUGGUUGGCUCAUUCCAACAAUCCCAGUAACCCCUCAGAUGGGUGCAUACUGGGCUACAAGGAGGAGUAUCGACGCCUUCGCAAAUCUUCUGUCUGUAAAAAUGGCCGUGACUACAUUGUGACCAAGCAGCCAUCUGUCUGCAUUUGCACAUUAGAUGACUUUCUUUGUGAUUUUGGCUAUUUCCGCCCAGAAAACCAGUCUGAAUGUGUGGAGCAGCCAGAGCUGAAGGGUCAUGACUUGGAGUUCUGCUUGUAUGGGAAGCAAGAGCUGUUAAAGACCAGCGGAUAUCGGAAAAUCCCAGGGGACAAAUGUGUAGGUGGGAAGAAUCCCAAACGUAAAGAGACCGAUCUGAAACAAAAGUGUACAAGUGACUACUUGAGGUCAAGUCCAUUGAAUACCUCUUCUAACUCUACUCCAGUCAUCCUGGCUGUAAUUGCCUUGAUGCUCCUCACUGCUGUCGCUGGAGUAGUCAUCAUUAAGAAAUACGUCUGUGGGGGAAGAUUUCUGGUUCAUCGGUAUUCUGUCCUGCAGCAACAUGCAGAAGCGAAUGGCUUUGAAGGACUUGACAUACCUGGGGCCACUAAAUCUGGUUACCAUGACGAUUCUGAUGAGGAUUUGUUGGAGUAGCGAUGUUCUCACUAGGACUGCACACUUCAUGGGUUUGGCUGCUGCUGUAGAAGGGCAUGAUUGCCAACAGUCCAUUUUACUUCCGAUAUCGAUGCCUUUCCCUUUUCUGAGAGAGUCUAUAUUCCUUUUGCUUCUAUCAAAUGUCUAAAACCAACAGAGCUGCAAGAACUGCAUUAGAUUUUUUUUAAAGGGUGAGGUCAAGGUUCUCUAACUCUGUGGAAUGAAGAAGGAAAGCUGUUUAAUUUAAAUAUAGUUUUAUUUUAAUCAGAUUUUUCCAGCUCUAAAGGGAGAACUAAUAGGACUGUGAAAUAAGGAUUUCACUAAAUAUUAGCAUUACUAGGUACAAUGUACUAUGCUGCUGGAAGAAACUCCCAAAUCCCCAAAUGGAAAACACAUACUGCGCUCCAACACUGUGAUAAAAUUGCAUUGAAGAUCUUAAGCACGACAACACUCCUAGCAAACAGAGCAAUGAGAUGCUGGUCAGAGAUUGUGGGUAUUAACCAGCAUCACAAUGGGCUGUGUGCCAAAAUGCAUUUUAUUUUUGUUUCAUCUAAAAUGUAAUCGAAUGGGUAGAUGUGUACUGUGUAAUGUAAGGAUGACUCCAAGACUUGAACUAAGUCUGCAGCCCAAUAUCCUAUGAUUCCAAGGAACUGAACUGUGAAAUUAGCAUGUGUACUGCCAUAAAUUCAAAAACAAACUCCACCAUUCUGGAUGGGAAAGAGAUGGUUUAAAAAAAUAAUAAUCUAAAAAUAAGCGGUACAGAUCUGUUAGAAGUAAGAACUAUUUAAAUUGUUUAGGUACUAAAUUAGAUAGAUUAGAUCAGUUUCUUGAAGGAAACCUUUGUUACAUGCUACAGCACUAUGAAGGUUUCCGUAUUUUCCUUUUCACUGUUUUCUUGAGAGCAAUAGAUUGGUGCUUGCCACUUCAUCACCAUUUUACUAUUGUGGAUUUAUUGUGGAGCCCCUCUGUAUCAAUGCAGUUAAACUGUUGUAAAACCCUUGUGAAAUCAUAUGCUUGAUUUUCCUAAAGCAAUAGAAAUUGAAUCUUCACAAUAUUUAAUUCAAACUGUCUUGAAGUCUACUUAGAAACUGAUCUACCAGAAAACCAGUUGAGCAGUUGAAAGCACUCCAGACCCCAAAAGACAGCUUUGAAUUUUAUGUGGGGAGACUUUUGCUUUCCCAAUAGGGCGAUUCUAAUGCUUCCCUCCUGCAGUUUUCAUCUGUGCUCUGGGAGGUUCUUUGAUCCUCAAAAUAUAUUUGGGGUGCAGGUUGGGAUGGAAGGAGAGCAAUAUUUUCCAAUACAUUCAGCUACUGAGUGAAUGUUUCAGUCAGUUGCUGAAACAUAUUUGGGUAAAUUCAACUGUAACAAUGGUGAGGUUUUUCCACUCAUGGUGGAGAGAAGAGCUGCAGUGUACAGACAGUAAUACAUGGUUAUUGAAGUUGACAUUUGAGGUGUCCCCCCUCCCCCUAAAUUUGGGGGAAACACUGGAGGAGGAUUCUUCAUUUAAAAAAUAUUUCAAGACUAUUUUAGGGAUUCCAUUAUAGAUACCAUGUGCUUGCUUCAAAAUGUUAGAAAACUGUUUCCAGAUUCAACUGUUGCAUCCAGAGUGAUAACUAAGCUGCAAAACACUGAGCAAUGUUGCUCACCUCAUUGAUAAAACAAAUGGAAUCCUUUUAUUUGCACUCCAAAGGAAUGUUCAUAAACAUUAACCUUGGUUUUUGAUGGUUUUUAUUCUUCCUUUCGUUAAAGGAUCACACCCAUAAGAAGAUACUCUUGUUUCAGAUAUAUAAAUUCAGUUUCUUUAAAAAUAAAGAAUUGUGACUGACUUUUCCUCAUUUGAGAGUUGGGCUUGGAAGGUAGAACUUUUUUAAAAAAUGGAAAAGAACCUGUUCUUUUAAGGUCAGUUCUAAAUCCGGAUCUCAGGGUGUUUUGCAUGAUGAUGUUCAUCCCAUCUAUUCCCUUCUUUCAGUCUUACCUGGAAAAGGAUCCAACCAGCAAAAAAUACCCAUUCAAGGUUCAUGCAUGAGAUUCCUCUUCUUCUCUACUGCCAUCCUACCGAUCUGGCACUUGAGAUAUACUUCGAAAGAUUAUGAUACUUGAGAUGCUGCUAUCAUAGCAUUGGAAAUCAUAGUUGUUGGGUGGGGGAGUAUGCAAAGACUCUGGGCUGACUAAAAAUGGAGGAAAUUGAGCUUAUAUUGCACUAAAUUGGGCAACAAAUAUCACAAAUUUUAUAUGUUACACAAUCUCAUCCCGAUCUAACAUACACAUUCCUAUUUGAAAAUUACCACUUUCUGCAUUCUUUGGUGAUUGUUUAAUAUUUAUCUCAUCAUUCAUCUUCAUUUUCAUUUGGACUUAGAAUAACUAUUCUAAUUUCACUUCAUCUUGAUGUAGUCCCUAAGGGUAAGCUUGAUCUGUUGGAGAUGCAGUUAGCUUGUUACUGGUGACUUGCAUCAAAUCAAGUUAGGAUUUGUUAGCUGUUCAAAAGCUAGCUGGUACUUCAAGAUAGAGCAGGCUACUAAAGUUAUAAUGCUUUCCAACUCUCCUUUGAUAGCAAUAAAAUGAGAGUGAGAAGCCCGAAGGCAAGCGGUUGUCUUGAAUUUGUCCCCCAUCCCUCUCAAUUCUUACUGUGGCCUUACUGUGGUUUCUGAUCCUUUUUCUUCCUUUGUACCAUUGCAUAAUAUAAUUGAGCCCAGAGUACUGUAGUAAUCUUUCCAGAUUGUUGAUCCCUGAUGAAAAAAAUGAAUGCACCAACAGGAAUACUCAUAAGACAAGCAAAAUGGCAGGAAGAAAUGUUCCUGGAAGACCUGUUCCUCAUAAAAAUCCCACAAGUUAUUUUUUGCUUACAAUAUUGGAUAGUACACAAGCACACCUGAUAUAUCAGGUAUGUAACUUGUACAGUGCAAUGAUGUUGCUUAAAGCUCAUGAUUACCAGUUCUUGAAAUAAAAGAUAAUUAGUCCUUUAUUACACUCUAAAACUAUUUAAACAUACUUGUGCAGAACCUCCCCUGUGUAGAAUUAAAUUGCUCCACUAAAUUGGAUGUGAUGACUGAAAUCUGGUAUUGGAAAUGUAGGAGAAAAUCUGUCAUAGAUCUUCCCAAGCACAAUGUAUAUGUAAUAAGUGACUACUUCCUCUUUCUAGUAUAUCUCAAUUUUCCCUGUAUAUGAAGCUGUCUCAGAGGUUUAGAAAUCUUGUUAUUGGUAUUUAUCUCUCUCAGGCCUGGGACCUCUUCCUUUGCCUCAUUUCUGUUAGCCUUUUCUUCUCAAGAUAGAGUACAUUGACGUGAGAACAUUCCAAUAAACUGAAAUCUGCCCAGUAAAUCAGGGGCUUACGACUGCUACACAUCUGUGCUGGGCAGUGGUAGUCUUCCUCCCAUAGUGUUGAAUAUGUAGAUAAUGUGACAUAUUUCUCACUGUUUUGUAAAUGUUGCCCAAGCAACAUAGCAACCAUGGCAGUGUUGCCAUUGCAUGCGCUUUGAAGCAUAAUUGUCUUCCUAAUGUGCCUGCAAGGCAGACCGUUCUCGUUCCAUACCAUCUGUGGGAUGGCUACGGAAUGCUGUGUAGCCAAAAGCCAUUGUUAAUAGCACUCCUCUAUACAGAAAUUUCCUAAGAUGUACAGUCUGAGGCAACAUGCAAAAGAUAACACAAAGGAGCCAUGUAUAGAGUUUUGUAAAUAUGCCUGGCUAUAUUAUAAAUUUGUACUGGUAUUUUUCUGUAUAUUUGCAAUAUUUGGGUUAGAAUUAAUAAAUGGGCUUUUAUUUGGA